AUCACAUCAAUAUUUUGAAUUCCCUUUUAUUAGAAGAAGUAUUGUUAUUUAUUUUUUGAGUUGAGUCAGUCAGCAUACAUACAGCUGCAUCAUUUCUGAUCACAUGAAAGUUUGCUGCUGUUGCUGCUGCUGCUUCCUUUUCCCUCAAACCAAAUUCAUAAAAUCACCAUAACCCCCUGAUCAUUAACCAACCAAAAAGAGAAACUCAAACCUAACUUACUUUAGUUUUCAUCAUCUUGUUAUAAAUACAUUCACCGCCACUCUUUUUGGUUGCCUCUCUAUCUUUUUAAGCCCACAAUUUUUUUGAAGAUUAAGCAUAUACUGUAGUAUAUUUUUAUAUACAUUGUAUAAUUUGAUAUAAUGUCCACGCCUUUGAACAGAACAUUGCUCAAGGUUAUAGUCCUUGGUGAUAUUGCGGUGGGCAAGACGUCUCUAAUUAAUAGAUACGUGCACAAAAAAUUCAAUCAACAAUACAAGGCAACAAUUGGAGCAGAUUUUGUGACGAGGGAAUUGCAAAUUGAUGGCAGACUUGUUAGCCUCCAGAUAUGGGACACAGCAGGGCAAGAAAGAUUUCACAGUUUAGGACCUGCGUUUUUCAGAGGAGCAGACUGUUGUGUUUUAGUAUAUGAUGUGAAUGUGCAUAAAUCUUUUGAAGCCCUCCAAACAUGGCGUGAUGAAUUCAUCAAACAGACAGAUAUUUCAAACCCAGCUAGGUUCCCUUUCGUGGUGAUUGGAAAUAAGAUUGAUCAAGAUGGUGGAGCUAGACGCAUGGUGGAUGAGAAAAGAGCUAAGGAUUGGUGUGGCUCUAUAAAGUCAGGGCCAUCAGCAAGCAGUAUUCCUUACUAUGAGACUUCAGCAAAGGAUGAUAUUAAUGUAGAUGAUGCCUUUUACAACAUUGCAAUAGCUGCACUCUCUCAUGACCGUUCACAAGAAUUGUAUUUCGAAAGCAUAACAGAGACAGGUUCUCUUUCAGAAAUAGUCGAACAACAGAACAGAGGAUGCCCCUGCUAAAUUAUUUUGUUCUUGAUGGCUUUCCUUCUAAAUUCUUAUUAUUGAGGUCGUUUGAUUCUUUUGAGCUAAGUGUACACAGUUUGCGUGCACCAUGACCAAAGAAAACGCAAAAAAAAAUGGGGACUUGAUGUCAUGGUUGUUCUUGUUAAGUUAUUAUUAUCAGGGAUAUUGAGAAAGUUCUAGCUGAUCCAACUUUACUUUUAUGAAAUUUUUUAUGUAAUUAUGAACAUCCAAUAUGUGCUGUUGGAAUGUGAAUAACUCAAAAACAAUCAGAUAUUUGAGAAUUUAUUGUAUUUUUUCCACUUCGAGGUUGUAAGUAAACAAAAAGGUGAAUUCCAUGCAUGUUGAGCAGAUAUUUGUUGAA